CUCUGCCAUUCUUCGCACGCCGCACCCCAACCAACCACCGUCACGCCUCCGCCACCACCUCCCCCUUCCGCGGCCUCGCUCCGUCCAUCCAUCCAUCCCACGUCCCACCACACCCUCCGCCUCCGCGGCCGCAUUGCCGACGGAAACCCUCCACUGCCUCGACCACGCCGCCAGGCCCCGUCGCCGUCUCCGGCGGCAGAGAAAGUUGCUGGCACAAGAAUGGGAUGUAAAAGUGACCUGACUGACCAGCUACAGAAGGAUGGCAUGAGUGUUGUCACUGCUGACUAUGAAGAAGGGAGUGAGGAAGAAGAGCCAUUUGAACGUGAAUUCUACGAUGAUGAUGAUGAUGACUAUGAAGAAGGCAGUGAGGAAGAAGAACCAUUUGAACGUGAAUUCUACGAUGAUGAGGAUGGCGACGACGAUGAUUGUGAGCCCAAAACACAGGCUGUCGAUUCUUCUGAAGUUUCUUUGGCAGAUGUUAGUGAGGAGGAACCUUGCGAUGUUGCGGCUCCACUUGAAGACGAGGAUGCCAGUUACGAGGAACCUUUUGUUUCAGAACUCUGUUAUGAGGAAGAAGACAGUUGUGAGCAGGACUCGUAUUAUGCGGGGCCUCACACGGAUUCAUACAGGAAGAAGCUCUAUGAAGUGGAGCCAUGUGAUGAUCAAGUGGCUCAUGAGUAUGAAUUUGUGAAGAAGAAGUCCAGUACUGUGCAGACUAUCAACAAGGAACAAAAUAAGAAAGUGGUCCUAAAACGGGCACUGAGAAAGGGCAGCAGCAAUGAGCUCAAGGCGGUGCCAGUGAUUGAUGAUAUGGAAACGAAGCCGUCGAAGAAACGUUUAUCUGUCAGGUUUGCUACUGAUGUAUCUUGUUACACAUACAGUACUGAAAGUUUUGGUGCUGCCAAGUUGGAGAAAAGGAAAGCUCAGUUUGAUGACCAGGACAGCCACUUGCGUAAGAGGCAAGAACACAUAGUCUCCUCGCUUAAGGAUGGUGGCAAGCUGAAAGAAGUGGAUGAAACUAACCUGUAUGUGGGCAAUCUCCCAGCUUCUGUGUCUUCUCACAAGCUCAUCGAGCUAUUUCUACCUUUCGGUAGAAUUGUUCGAUCAAAAGUGGCGGAUGAUCGUAUCACUGGUAUAAGCCAGGGAUAUGGCUUUGUGAAGUAUGCUUCAGCUCGUAGUGCCGCAGCAGCUACUGAACGCAUGAAUGGGCGCCUGAUUGAUGGGAAAGCAUUAGAGGUUAGAGUAGCUGGACCUCCAACAUCAGUAUCCAAUCCAUGCAAGCAAUCUGUGUCCGAAACUUGCAGUCUGCCCUCAAAGGAAAUCGACGCGAGUAACUUGUAUGUGAGCAACCUCCCCCUAUCCAUGGACACGCUAAAGCUACUCGACCAUUUUCUGCCGUUUGGGAAAGUAACUUAUAUAAAGGUACCCAGAGAUCACACCACUGGUUUAAGCAAAGGAUAUGGCCAUGUGAAGUACGCUGAUUCUCGUCAUGCAGCUCAGGCCAUCAUCCAUUUGAAUGGGCUUCUUGUUGAGGGUAAAAGGAUAGAGGUUCGGUUGUCUGACAUCUCUCCAACGCUGUCAAAUUCUGCUGUGGGAUCACACACAAAUUCCAGAACCAUCAAGGAAAUCGACAUGGCAAAUCUGUAUGUCUGCAACAUUCCUGCAUCUAUUAACACAAAUAAGCUGAUUGACCUUUUCUUGCCAUUUGGUAAGAUAACCCAAGCAAGAGUGGCGGCAGACCAAGAGGGUGCUCAUUCCGCUAAAGGAUAUGGCUUCGUCAAAUUUGCUGAUUCUCAAUGUGCUGCCGAGGCUAUUGCACUAAUGAAUGGAGCACUGGUUGAAGGAGAGACAUUGAAUGUCAGAGUUGCAGGCCUUUCAUCAUCAGCAUCCAGUUCAGCUGUACAAGGCUCAUCAAUUAAAUCUCCAGAAAUCAACAAAUCUAGACUGUACAUCACUAACCUUCCCCAGACCAUGAACGAUAAUAAGCUGAUUGAACUUUUCUUGCCCUUUGGUCAGAUCAGCAAAGUCGUGAUCAAUCCGGAGUAUAGCCUAGUGUACUAUGCAGAUGUAGCAUCAGCGAUGACGGCUGCCGAACGCAUGGAUGGGUACCUGAUUGGUGGAAAGAGGCUAGUUGUCAGAGGCUCAGAGUACUGUCAACCCAAUGCAGCAGAGCAAGCUUUAUCACAGCCAGCUGGCAAGCCAACGAAAGAAAUUGAUAUGGCCAAUGUGUAUGUUGGCAGCAUCCCGCCAACGGUAACAUGCGAUCAGUUGGUCGAGCUUUUCCGACCUUUUGGACAAAUUGUGCAAUCUAGGCUGUUUCACGGGUAUGGCAUGGUCAGGUACAACCACCCUUCAUCUGCUACUGCUGCAAUUGAUCAUAUGGACGGUUACCAAAUUGGAGGAAGUUCCCUGGUUGUGAGAGUAGCAGGCCUUCCUAACCCCGGGGAUUAUCUAACAGUACGUGCGCCUGUCUCUGGCAAUGAGCAGAGGCAAAUUGACAUGACCAACCUAUAUGUCUGCCAUCUCCCACUCCAUGUUACCGCCGAAAAGCUGAUUGAAAUCUUUCUGCCAUGCGGCCAAAUCACUCAAGCAAAGGUGGUUGUCGACUGGCACACUGGUGGGAGCAGGGGGUUCGGGUUUGUCAAAUUUGGUGAUGCUUAUGGCGCUGCUGUGGCUCUCACUCACAUGAACGGUUGCCCGCUGGAGGGGCACAUCUUGGGGGUUAGAAUAGCCGGUGUCCAUCCGAGUGAUAUGGACAGCUACAUGACGCGUCUCUACUCCCAGUUCACAUUGCCUGACCCCUCAAUGAUGGCGGUUGGAAUACCAACAUCGUCGUACUGGCCAUACUAUUGUGCUGAAUCGGCAUACGUGGAGGGGCAGGGAGCUGAUACUGCUUCUCAAACAUCUCAGGAGGAAUCUGUAUCGGCCAGUUCAUUUGCUGAGAAGGGUAGUUCUUCUGUGUCAAGCCAUGUCACCGACAGUUCUCAGCAGCAUUCUUCAGCAGGUUGGGCUGGUCCGCCUGGUUUCAACCCCCAUACCAUCUCUUCUCAGCCUCCGUCAACAGGCCGGGCUGGUCCGCCUAGCUUCAAUCCGCAUGCUACCGCCAAGAAGGAUAGCGCCACCGCGAGGAAACCUUCCCAGCCUUGCUCCAAGGUCCAUUUGGCACAGUCAGGAGGCAGCCAGAAAAGACGCUCAAUCGUCUAGCACCGUCUGCUUCUGAUCAUGCUUCAGUGCAUUUUAUAUUGAUUCUGAGAGAAGAAAAACAUAUGCUAACAUAACUUGGUUUUAGCUAGGUACUUAAUUAAGUGGUAGACUUUGAUGGUUGGGGCGAGCUGGCUGGUGAAAUUUGCUAUGUGCUUUUAGUUCAGUCCAAGUAUCAGUUCAGUUCUGUUUCAGAUAGAGAGGGAGAGUUUACAGUUUGUUUUCACAUUGUGCUCUUGGCCAAAGAUCUUUGAACAGAAAUCACGUCAUUGUUACUCAUUUUAUAAAAACUGAUUAUGUUUACAGUUUGCUGUACUGCAAUUCUAA